ACAAGAGGGAAUCACCUGAUCGCCUAGCCUUGAAGUUUUCAACCUUUGCACUUCUAACUCUACUCUUCCCCCACUGUCAUAGAGUCUUGUAUCAAGAUCUGUAUGAAGAGCACGCCCCAGCAACAGUUCUGCUAAGCGCUACAAAAUUGUCCUUUUCCCCUUGGCUGACAGGAACACGGGCUGUCCAUCAUGAGCGUAGCAGCGCGGAAACGUGCCAACAAAGUCCAAAGUUCGAGGGACAAGGAGGACAGGGUUCACCCCUCCAUCUCAGGCAGUCCAGCUAAUCAUGAUGUGGUUCCCUUCCACCUUGACCUCUGGUUGACCUUGACACUUGAGAACUGGAUAUUGGAUUUUGGUCGACCCAUUGCCAUGCUGUGGGUUCCUUUGGAAUGGUCGCCACUGAACCUGCCCAGUGUAGGGGACUACUUCCACAUGGCCUACAAUGUCAUCACCCCAUUCUGUCUUCUCAAGCUAUUGGAGAGGUGUCCACGCAAGCUUCCCCUGGGUUCAUCAGUCAUCUACCUGGCUAUAAUCUUCUUUGUGAUGGGAGCCAGUCUUCACCUGGUGGGAGACUCCAUCAACCAUCGGCUCAUCCACAGUGGUUAUCAGAACCACCUGUCAGUCAGGGACAACCCCAUCAUGCAGAACCUACAGCCAAAGUCACUGGUGGAGUCCUUUGAACUCCUGUACUUCUAUGAUGAAUACCUUGGCCAUCUCAUGUGGUACAUCCCAUUUUUCCUGUGCUUGGUGCUGUACUUCGGAGGCUGUUUUGUUCCUGACACCAGGAGGGGCGGCAACAUGCCUGUGUCUGCCUGGAUCCUCACUGUUGUCAGUGCUAUCUAUAACUGGUACCUUGUAACAGAAGGACAGAUCUUCCCUCUGUUCCUUGUGUCAUACACAGUGAUGCUGCUGAUAGUUUGGUAUAACAGAAAGUAUAGGGAGGAGCCAGACGUCAAUGGUUACUUCAUGCUGUACAGUUUUGGUCUGACCCUGUUCCUGGUGGUGACAUGGGUGGGUUAUCUGUGGAAUGACCAGGCCUUACGGGUCCGGUACCCAGGUCUCAUCUAUGUACCCGAGCCUUGGGCAUACUAUUCACUGUACAUGGCAGGGAGAUAGCAGAUAGGUGAACAAAAAUAAUGUCAUGUAGUUUCAUCAAUAAAAUAAAAUAGUAAAAUAAAUAAAAGGUAAAUCAAUUUAAAUUAUUAC